GCUUCCUCCUCCCAAAAGUCUUUUACAUUAUCGCCUCCAAGAAUGCUGGGGACGACACGUAUAUUGGGUCACAGGGCCGCACCACGUCUCUUCGUGAGCCCUCGAGCGCGAUUAAUUUCGACGCUCGGUACACAGCGCGUCAGGAAACUUCCAGUCCAUGGACUCGUGCUUACACCCAUCACGUCCCGUAAUAUCUGGGGAUUCUCCUCAUCAAAACCCACACCUCCACCAGCGGCAGCACCAGUACCUGAAUCCGUGUCCCAGCCGACAGAGCUCGAACCCGUAUCUUCUGUAGCGAUCGAUGCAGUCCCACCAUCAGAAUCCCUCUCCGAGACAUUGACUUCCUCAUCCCCAAUCACCGAUCCCUCCAUUCUUUCCGAUGCGUCUUCCAUCGACACCCUUACAUCUGCCUUGACCCCCCUCCAACAUGGCGACCUCGCCGCACUUGGUUUCUCUUCCUGGUGGCCCACCGGGUUUUGCUAUUGGCUUUACGAAUCUCUAAACGUCACCUUUCACCUACCAUGGUUCUGGACCAUCGUCGCUGGCACUGCCGUCACACGUAUUCUCAUUCUUCCUCUAUUCAUCACCUCACAACAAAAUUCAGCUCGUCUUGCACCUCACCAACCCGAGCUCCUCAAAUUGCGCGACGAGCUGACGGCCUUGUCGACAGGACCGAACAAGGAUCCUCUCGCCGUGCAGAGGGUUGCGGUCAAGCAGAAAAAGCUGUAUGAGAAGGCCAACGUUAACAUGUUCCCCAUGCUUGCGAUGCCGUUCGUUCAGCUACCGCUCCAGCUAGGGUUGUUCUUUGGGACGAGGAAUCUGUGCCAGGCGCCCCUGGAGCAGAUGAAGUGGAGCGGGCUAGAGAUGAUGCCGGACCUGACCGCGGUCGACCCGUAUUAUAUUCUGCCCAUCGCUUCUGCGUUGCUUAUGCAGGUCCAACUUCAUUUCUCCCAGCAGGAUAUGUCGGCCAACCGUGAGACAAUGGCCAACAUGAUAAACUUCUUCCGUGUUGCCUCCGUAGCUGGUAUCUGGUUCAUGGGUUCUCUUCCUAUUGGCGUAAACCUACAAGUAUUCACUUCCAUCGCCCUCAUCGCUGCCCAGAACGCGGUCCUCCGCAUCCCCUCCGUUCGCAAGAUAUGCGGCAUCGCUCCCCGCAUCGUAGACGCGAAUGCGAAACCGGUGACGUUCAAGGAGUCUUGGGUGAAUGUGAAGAAGUAUAUCGCGGAUCAGCAGAGGUUGGCUGAGGAACAGGCGAAGGGGAAGAAGUGGUAGAUGGGGACCUGGUCGAGAGGUGUGAUUGGGUGGGCAGGUGUGACCCACUGAGUGGCGUGUAGAGAGGAGAGGGGAAGAUGUGGGAGUUGGUUGCACGUUCUUCUGGACGAUAUAUCUUAUGGUGUUCUUUUGAGGGUAAUGCGAACGUGCUUUAGAGGACAGAACUCC